CACAGACUGGCCGCGGCUCUCCCGAGUUUUCAGGGGGAACCUUUCCCGCCCGGCCCUACCUGGAGACGCAGCUGAUUGAACCUGGAACAUCUGGCAUGCGAAGCGUGUGCUCUGCGGCUGAGCGAGGCAGUUGAACUGAAGAAAGUGACUUUGGAGCUUUCAUCUCUUCUACCAUUUGGGAUUUAAUUUGCAUCAUCUCUGGCUCUAUAAAAAGAAAAAGAAAAAGUCAAACCCACACACAACAUGUUGUUGCGCAGAAAGACUUCCACUCCCUGGCUGUGCUAUUAAUGUUAGCAAUCAGGAAAAGCCUUUGGGGGCUGCAGAUUCUCUGUAGUCUGAUGCUGCUGCUGCUGCCACCGCCACCACUGCUGCUAAGGGUUUUGGUGCAGGGAAUCCAAACUGCUGCCUUUUCUGUCCGCUGAGCUCUUCACAUCUGCAUGUCUCUGCUGCUCACACACACUCCAUCUCCCACCCUCUCUCCAUGGACUGAUUGCUGUUGAGGGAAGACGAGCCUGGCCAAGUGAUUGUUUUUGGGAGGAACACAAAUUGCAUUUAUUUUGUCGUAUUCUGGAGGAUCUGCUCUGAGGAUAAUCUUUUUUUUUUUUUUGCUGGGGGUGGGUGGGAAGGAAAACAUGACGUCGCCAGCGAAAUUCAAAAAGGAUAAGGAGAUCAUAGCUGAAUAUGACACUCAAGUCAAAGAGAUCCGAGCCCAGCUUAUUGAACAACUGAAAUGUCUUGAUCAGCAGUGUGAGCUUAGAGUCCAACUGCUCCAGGACCUGCAGGAUUUUUUCCGCAAAAAGGCUGAGAUCGAGAUGGAUUACUCCAGGAACUUGGAGAAGCUAGCUGAACGAUUUCUGGCAAAAACAAGGAGCACCAAAGACCAGCAAUUCAAGAAGGAUCAGAAUGUUCUUUCACCUGUCAAUUGCUGGAACCUCCUUUUAAACCAGGUGAAGCGGGAGAGCAGGGACCACACCACCUUAAGUGACAUCUACCUGAACAACAUCAUCCCUCGGUUUGUUCAAGUCAGUGAAGAUUCUGGGCGACUUUUCAAAAAGAGCAAAGAAGUGGGGCAGCAGCUCCAGGAAGACUUGAUGAAGGUCCUGAAUGAGCUUUACACGGUGAUGAAGACCUACCACAUGUACAAUGCAGACAGCAUCAGUGCUCAGAGCAAGCUGAAAGAGGCAGAGAAGCAGGAAGAGAAGCAGAUUGGCAAGUCUGUGAAGCAAGAGGAUAAGCAAACCCCACGCUCCCCUGAUUCAGCCUCCAGUGUCAAGUUUGAAGAAAAACAUGUCCGGCGGAGCUCAGUCAAGAAGAUUGAGAAAAUGAAAGAAAAGCGCCAGGCAAAAUACACAGAAAAUAAACUGAAGGCAAUUAAGGCAAGAAAUGAGUAUCUUCUGGCUCUGGAGGCCACCAAUGCUUCUGUGUUCAAGUAUUACAUCCACGACCUGUCCGAUCUCAUUGAUCAGUGCUGUGACCUGGGAUAUCAUGCCAGCCUCGGUAGGGCACUCAGGACAUUCCUGUCAGCAGAGCUGAACUUAGAACAAUCAAAGCACGAGGGCCUGGAUGCCAUUGAGAAUGCUGUGGAGAACCUGGAUGCCAACAGCGACAAGCAGCGCCUCAUGGAGAUGUGCAACAAUGUCUUCUGCCCACCCAUGAAGUUUGAGUUUCAGCCGCACAUGGGAGACAUGGUGUCCCAGCUGUGUGCCCAGCAGCCUGUGCAGAGUGAGUUAGUGCAGAGGUGUCAGCAGCUACAGUCUAGGCUAUCCACGCUGAAGAUAGAAAAUGAAGAGGUUAAGAAAACAAUGGAGGCCACACUGCAGACUAUCCAGGAUAUCGUCACCAUUGAGGAUUUUGAUGUCUCUGACUGCUUCCAGUAUAGCAACUCGAUGGAGUCUGUAAAAUCAACAGUCUCCGAAACCUUCAUGAGCAAGCCAAGCAUUGCCAAGAGACGGGCAAAUCAGCAGGAGACAGAACAGUUCUACUUCACGAAGUUGAAGGAGUAUCUGGAAGGGCGGAACCUCAUCACCAAGCUUCAGGCAAAACAUGACCUCCUUCAGAAGACUCUGGGAGAAAGUCAAAGGACUGACUGCUCUCUUGCCAGCAGACACAGUUCUACCAUAAGGAAGCAGGAUUCCAGCCAAGCAAUUCCCCUGGUGGUAGAGAGCUGCAUACGAUUCAUUAGCAGACAUGGGCUGCAGCAUGAAGGGAUAUUCAGGGUGUCGGGAUCUCAGGUUGAGGUGAAUGAUAUAAAAAAUGCAUUUGAGAGAGGGGAGGAUCCACUGGCUGGAGAUCAAAAUGACCAUGAUAUGGACUCAAUAGCAGGUGUACUAAAGCUCUACUUUCGUGGGCUAGAGCAUCCCCUCUUCCCCAAGGAAAUCUUUCAUGACCUGAUUGCCUGCGUCACAAUGGACAAUCUGCAGGAGAGAGCUCUACACAUCCGGAAAGUCCUUCUGACUUUGCCUAAAACCACUUUGAUUGUAAUGAGAUACCUCUUUGCAUUCCUCAAUCAUUUAUCUCAGUUCAGUGAAGACAACAUGAUGGACCCCUACAAUUUAGCCAUCUGCUUCGGGCCCACGCUGAUGUCAGUGCCUGAAGGCCACGAUCAGGUCUCCUGCCAAGCCCAUGUCAAUGAGCUCAUCAAAACUAUAAUCAUACAACACGAGAAUGUCUUCCCCGGACCAAGAGAGCUGGAGGGCCCUAUAUACACCAGGGGUGGAAGCACUGAGGAUUACUGUGAAAGCCCCCAUGGAGAGACAGUCUCCACAGAAGAUACAGCUCAGGAUAUGGUCCCUGAACACCACACCAGCGAUGAUGAAUGUGAACCUAUUGAAGCAAUAGCCAAAUUUGACUACGGUGGCCGAACAGCACGUGAGCUCUCUUUUAAAAAGGGGGCUUCCCUCCUGCUUUAUCACCGGGCCUCUGACGACUGGUGGGAGGGCCGUCACAACGGAAUUGAUGGCCUGAUCCCCCAUCAAUACAUCGUUGUCCAGGACACUGAGGAUGGAGUAUCAGAAAGAUCAAGCCCAAAAUCUGAAAUAGAAGUAAAUUCAGAGCCACCGGAAGAAAAGGUGACUGCCAGAGCUGGUUCCAACUGCCCAAGUGGGAGCCAUGUUGCAGACAUUUAUCUUGCAAAUAUCAAUAAGCAAAGAAAGAGACCAGAGUCUGGCAGCAUACGAAGAGCUUUCCGUCAAAGUGACAGCCAUGGGCUGCCCAGCUCCCUGGGAGAACCAGUCCCGCCAGGAGCUGUGGCCAGUUCACGUCCCUCCUCACAACCCAUUAUGAGCCAAAGUCUCCCGAAAGAGGUACCAGAUGCAUCUUCCAUCAGUGGCCAUGGGAGCCUCAAUUCGCUCAGCCGGCAUGCCUCUCUGAAGAACAGGAUAGAUAGCCCCCACAUCCGGAAAAAUGUGACCACUGGAAGGUCAAAGAGCUUUAAUAACCACCGGCCCAUGGACCCUGAAGUCAUUGCACAGGAUAUUGAAGCUACUAUGAACUCUGCUCUGAACGAGCUGCGGGAGCUGGAAAGGCAAAGCAGCGUGAAGCAUGCGCCAGAUGUUGUCCUGGACACCCUGGAGCCAUUGAAAACCUCCCCUGUUGUGGCACCCACCUCGGAGCCUUCCAGCCCAUUGCAUACUCAGAUCCUCAAAGACUCUGAACCAGCUUUCCAGCGAAGUGCCAGCACGGCAAGCGACAUUCCCUGCGCCUUCAGGCCAGCAAAGUCCGUCAAAAUGGCCACCCCGGUCAAACCUCCAGCAACCAGGCCAAAGCCUGCGGUUUUCCCCAAAACAAACACCACAAGCCCUGGGGUUGCCUCAGCAUCUCAACAGUCUACUGACAAGUCCUGUACUGUCUGAACUUGAAAGCCUACUGUGAAUAUAGCAAUUUUUUUUUUGUUUCAGCUGAGGGGACCCUGUUAAGGAGAUGUUAGAAAUUUCUAUUUAAUUAGUAUUGAACUUCUGCUGAAGAUUAGUUUGGAAGUUGCCAUCGCCAGGGAUUCUCCCGACAGGAAAGCCCCAACUAAUUAAGUCUCAUUUUGCACCGCCCAUCCCCUGUGAUGCUAGGACAUCACAGCUAAGUGUAGCCCGAGACAUAGAAAGUCUUAUACAGUAUCAGGUUGCUGUGAAAUCAGUGAGGAAAAGGCAGAACUGAGUGGUAAACAGUCAAUGCCUUGUUUGAGUGUCUGGUCACUAACAAUGACCUUCAGGGUCAUCUUUUAGAGGUUAGCAGAAAAGACUUCUGUGCUUCAACCACUACAGGGAUACAAUACAAUAUUGUUCACCCGUGGAUGUUUUUGAUCUCACUGGUUUAGGUGGCCGGGUAUGCCUGGGGCGUAUUUUUGUGCGCUAUUACAGUGCAUAAUAGUGCCACGCAAGGUCAGGUCAGUUUCCAUUACAGCCUGCAUCAUUUUUUUCAGGGGUACAUGUUCUCAGACAUACGUUUUCUGUCCAGUGUUUAAAAAAGAAAUCAUGAAAAGUACAUAAGCUUAGCCUUGGUUUAAAUGAGGCAUAUUACAUGCACAUAUGCAUGUGUUCAUUUAAAGUUAAACUGAUAUUGCAGGGGAAAUGAAGAGCAUUAGAGCUUGCAUGGUUAAACAUCCCCGACUUAUAUCUUUGCUUGGUGCUUCCAGAUCUAAAAGCAGCGUGAAUUCUUUUGAAAUGAGAUUUUCAAACAGUGUCUCUAGAACAGCCUCUGUGCACUUUCAUGGGCACUCAGGAGACAAAACUGAAAACGUAGGUUAAAUUUUGAAAACCAGCUACUACUGAUCAGUCUUUCUCUGUCUCUCUUCUGGCAUUUCCAAGCGUGUACAUCUUUAAUGGUCUUUGCAAAAUGAGAUAGGUUCAUGCCAACCACUCCAGUUCUGAACAAUCAUAGACUCAAGAUCUGGUAAUCCUAGUUAGCAGCUAGACCCUGCUUGUCUCUGUCUCUCUCUUCUCUGCCCCCCAUCCCACCCCCUCCUCAGCUUGUGAUUCAGUCUCCUAUGAGCUUCUGAUAUGGCAGCAUAGGGCAAAUAAAUUAAAAGCUGUUGUGGGACAUGGACAUAGUCCAGUAUUCAGCAUAUUUCUGUGCCAGGUCACCAUGUCUAUAAGUACAGACAAUAAAAUGAAUCAUCUUUAUAUCUGGCAUUUGCAGUGAUGGACUGCAAUUGCUCUGAAUUCCAACAGACUGUAUGGACUCAUGUUUGCGUUGAAUGGGAAUAUAUUUUUCAAGAGGGUAACCAUUUAAAAGAAGAAGAAAUGCAGAUUUAAUAAGCAACUGGGAAUUUAUCUGCUGCCUCUAUCACCACCAACCAAAGGAACAAUGAAUUAAUAUGGAUUCCAUCACCCUUCUUUGAUGCUCAGCUGAGGGCAAGAUAAGGAACUGAAAUGUGUUUUCUUUCAUGCGCUAGGUCUGAACUACAGUCUGUCUUCUUGUGGUUUUAUGAAUGAAAUUGUUGGUAUUUGAUAUUUUAAUAGAAGCAAAAUACUUAAUCUUAUGUAUACAAAAUUGCAGUAGUCUUCAGAUUAAUCUAAGGUUGUUAGUCAGACAUUUUCUUUUAAGUUCCCUACAAGUUAGGGGGAAAUUGUGUUUUUUAAAAAUUAUGUCUAAAAAGACGACAAUCUCACAAAUAGUGGUAGAAACAAAACCAUGUAAAAUGUUUUUUGUCUUUUUUUAAUGGAGGGGCAGUUCUGUUCCUUAACAUUUUACUAGUUGUUGCCUUUUAAAUACACAGACAUCCCACCCACCUCACUCCCUGGUAUAUGUGUACACAUUACCUCUGCAUCUUGGACCUUGGCCAGCUCAAGUGAAAGACCUGAGCACUGCGACUUGAUCAUUCAUUCUCAGGAUGGGACAGACUUCUAAUCCAGGAAUCUUAAUUCUUUAUUAUUGCUUCUUCUUCUUUUUUAAGAGAAUAGUGUUUCACUCAGGCCAAACUACUGGUUUUUUUUUUAAAGUUUUGUAAGUUCAUGUUAGGGUUGCCAGCUUCUUGGCCAAAGCAGGGCUUCUGUGCCUAUAGCAGCAACACAACAGUUUAGUUAGGUGCAACCGUUCCCUUUCCUGCAGCACAGUUUAGCUACUGUCAUUGAAGGCACACGGGGCUCCCUUUAGCACAAGGCAUUAGCAGGCCUAGUGUUAUGUCGCUACCCAAGGUGGGGUGCAGGGAUGAAAGCAGAAUUUAUUCAUAGGAAAGCUAUUGAGCACAUGCUAGCAAUGCCUUAUUUUGUCUAGGUUUUAUACCAUGCCUUGUACCAGUGAAGGGCACGCCGGCCACCCAAGGCACAUUGGAACAAAAUGAGAUUUCAUGUCUUGCAAAGUGUUUUGGUAUAUGGGUGCAAACUGGCAAAAAAUAAUGAUUAAUGGCUUGAUAUUUUUAUGACCUUUCUGUAUAUAACUUGCUUUUUUUUUCUUUUCUUUUUUCUUUUUGGCUGAACUCAGCACUAGGGAGGACCUACUAAAAUGGAAGUAGAAAUGUCAAAGGAUGUACACCUUAUCAUAUGCUAUCCAAUCGGAAUUUUAAAACAUGCACCAUGAUUUAUAUUGAGCAUGUAUAUGUGAAAACAACUUUUCACAGGCAAGCACCAAGGAAUGUUCAUUAUGUUUUUAUAUAAAAAAAUGCUUAAAUUGCUUAGUUUAAAAUCUCUUAAGUUAAGUAAUUUGGAUCAGUUUCUCUUGCAUAGAUUUUCAUGCCCUUGCACUAAUGGAAAGGGCGCUUCCCACAUAUGAAUUACUGUGGUUAGGACAGCCUUUGCCAACCCGGUGUCCUCCAAAUGCUUUGAACUACAACUCCCAUCUGCCCCAGCCAGCCCAUGGAGUUGCAGUCCAAAACAUCUGGAGGGUACCAGGUUGGCAAAUUCUGAUUUAGGGCAUAUCUACAUUACAAACAUGUCCAUACACAACAUACAGAUAAUCGGGUUCACUGGAAAGAGGGCAUUACUUAAAACAACAACAACACCAAAUCCUGAUUUUAAUGCUGUAAUCCCAUCCAGUUUCUUGGGAAUCUGCACUGAAUACAGUGGGACUUGUUGCCAAAUGACCCUGGAGAGGAUUGUUCUGCUGAGUUGUAAUCACACGACACCAGGAGACUUGGGUGGAGGCCUAUACUUAUCAAUUUAUUAACUAUGGCCCUGCUCCAAGCAGAUUGAUUUUGUCUUUUAAUAUCAGCGGAGCUAGGCCCUGGGGGUUCAGAUGUAGUUUCAGCCAGAGGUUGGCAGCCUGUAUCCAAUCUCUGGCUUCCACACAGAUUGUGCCAGUUUCUAGACGUAGGGCAGCAUUUGACAUGCAGGGGGGGGGCAUUUGAAGGGCCGCUCUAAUAAAUUUUGACUGGAUUCUUUCGAGUGGGAUCAGAUUUGGUGGCGGAACACAUAGUUGGACUCUGUAGAGCAAUUGGGCCAUCGCUUUUGCCUCAAAAAGUUUUAGGGCCACAGGUAUAUAUUAUGUCCCCUUUGAUCUAAAAAAACUUAAGAUAGCUACGGAGGACUUAUGGGCUACUGCCGCUGCCUGUGUUAUAUGGGCUUUCUUUAGCCCUUUAUCAUGGAAAAUUAUACCUAGGUAUUUUAGGCAGUGAACUUGUUCACUUUUCCGACCAUUUAUGUUCCAUGGACGAAUCUUAGGGCGUUUGGCGAAAGACCUUACUUUUGUCUUCUGAUAAUUUAUGACAAGACGGGCCUCUUUGCAAUAUUCAGCUAAUGACAGUAGCACCCGUCGUAGCCCGACUGGAGUCCUGGAUAAGAUCAGGGCAUCGUCCUCAUAUAGGAGAAUAGAGAUUGCCCUGUCUGCCAAUUUGGGUGAAUGAAAUUCUGGUCCCUUUAAUUUGGAUACAAUGUCAUUUAUGUAGUAUGUCCCAGUUUCCUGGGAAUCUGCACUGAAUACAGUGGGACUUAUUGCCAAAUGACCCUGCAGAGGAUUGUUCCGUUCAUCUGUGGUUUAGAUAUGCCCAUAAAAUGCAACUUCACCUACCAGCGUGAGAUACAAAGCCAAAAGCCGAUGUAAGUUAGUGUCUUAUGCAAGACCAGCAUUUAACAAAUAGAUGGAGGUCAUACGUAUUCAUUAUGGAGGGGAAUAACAGCAUUUUAGCUGACAAUCUGGAGUUUCUGUACCUGUAACUUGGCAACUAAAUUCUUAUUUCUUCCAGCUGACCACAGAAUAAUGUAUUUCACUUACUGUUAAGCAUCUCACUUUCUUUCAAAUGGUGGUUAUCUAAAUGCCCCUUUCAACCUCUAGGCUCAGACACACAUGCUAAUACAUUGAAAUCUCUCUCUCUCUCUCUCUCUCUCUCUCUCUCUCUCUCUCUCUCUCUCUCUCUCUC